UGGAAAUAUUAAAAAUAUCAUUAUUAUUAUAAUCAUCAACAAAUUUAAAAUAAAGUCUCCGGAACGGCAUCGAGCACAUUUUCCUUAAUUUUUGUAACAAAAUUUGAAAAAUAAACGAAAUAAUUUUCAUUUAUUUUUGAAAUAAUAAAAUUUUAUUAAUUUUAUUAAAAAAAAAAACAAAAAAAAAAUGCUAACGCAAAAGAUGUCAGAUAGUAAGAGCAGAGGGGAGGAAAGUUAGGAAAUCAACCGGUAAUUUCAGAGAAAAUACGUGGAUUUUUAUGUCAAAUAGACCAACGUACCCCGUGACGCCGGUGGUGAUGUGUACAACGUUUCGACCAAUAAAACUCUGCCACAUCACCAAACUCAUUCCCCAUUCGGCACUCCUUUCGUACCCUUCGACGGUAGCCGUCAACCCCACCCACCCCACCCCACCCUUUCUCUGUUUUUUCCGUCAACGAGAAAAAAAAAAUAAACUUUAUAAUAAUAAUGAUAAUCUCACAAAAGAGAGAGAAAACCGAGGCAGCGAAAAUGCCGGUACCCUUUUGAAAACCCUAAUCCGAUCAACCUGAAAUUCACUUUCUUUUCUCCGACUCGGUGAUUAUCUCUUCUUAGAUCGGAAUUUUACUACUCUGUGCACCGGCCGACGAGAACUAGGAUUUCAAUGGAGGAGGACGACGAGAUCCAGUCACAUCAAUCUCCGGGGAGUGCAUCUCCGGCGUCUCCGAGGCCCGUCGGAAGGAUAACGGUGACUGUGGCGGCGGCCCCACCUCAGCAGCCGGUGACCCAAAACGCUCUGACUCUGGCUCUCCCCAUACAGACUAGGAAUGGUGUGGGUGAAAGAGGUAGCGGCGGCGGUGGUGGUAGGGAGGAUUGCUGGAGUGAAGGAGCGACGUCAGUUCUGAUUGAUGCGUGGGGCGAGCGGUAUUUGGAGCUGAGCCGAGGAAAUCUAAAGCAGAAACAUUGGAAAGAGGUGGCGGAUAUUGUGAGUGGUAGGGAUGACUAUACGAAGGCUGCAAAGACGGAUAUUCAGUGCAAGAACAGGAUUGAUACUGUGAAAAAGAAGUAUAAGCUUGAAAAGGCUAAGCUUUCGUCCGGCGGAGGGCCUAGCAAGUGGCCUUUCUACGACAGACUCGACCAUUUGAUUGGUCCCACUGUGAAGAUCGCCGGUGCCGUUGGUGGUCAUAAUGCCGUUUCUUUAGCGAAUAGCUCUUCCCAACAUGCUCAUAAGGUCCCCCUGGGAAUUCCGGUUCGGGGAGUUAGUCCUUUCCAAGGAUUACGGGACCCGAAACCGCACCAUCUUCAGCAAUCUCUGAAGAACCAGAAGAUGCAACACAAGAAACGGGGUCCGGUGGAUUCGAGCUCAUCAAGGGAGGCAUCUCCCGCUUCAACGGAUAGUUUCCCAAUGGAUUUUUAUGAGAGGAAAAGAGUGAGGACGGGGAGGGAGAUGAAUUUGAAUGCGAAUUUGAAUCCUGGUAGGAGUGGAGGAGGGGCAUUUAGGGGAGGAAAAGAGAAGAAGGGUUGGGGAAAUGCAGUUAAGGAAUUGACACAAGCUAUAUUGAAGUUUGGAGAGGCUUAUGAGCAAGCUGAAAGCUCGAAGUUGCAACAGGUAGUGGAGAUGGAGAAGCAGAGAAUGAAUUUUGCUAAGGAGUUGGAGUUGCAGAGGAUGCAAUUCUUUAUGAAGACCCAGUUGGAGAUUUCACAGCUCAAGCAUGGGAGAAAGGGUGGGAUUGGCAAUGCCAGUAACCAUCAUCAUAGUAACAACAACAACAACAAUAAUAAUAACAGUGAUAGCAGCAACUAAGAUUAUAACUGUUUGGUUUCUCUGUUUAUGGUAGAAAAUCCAUGUUUGAGAUAUUUGUAUUUGUAACUGAAGAAGAUGCUAGUGUAAUUGUCUCGUCUCCUCCUAAUUUAAUCACAAUUUGAUUGCCCUGUUUGCCUUUUCUAUUCUAAUACCUAGCCUGACAAUGUCGCAUUUUCUAAUAUUAGGAAAUUAGGAAUCAUUGAUGAGUGUUUUUUUUCCUUUAUUAAAUAUAUAUUUUUUCUUUUGGAUGUGAA